UUUAAUGACAUGAAUGUAUGUUAGGUGAUUAUUUGUAAUUCGUAAGCUAGACUGGCAAGUACGAUUUCCAGUGUAAUCACUGAUUGUAACACGGAACUUUUUGGUACGUUUUGUUUUAGAGUUUACACAAAUUUCCUAUGGAUGAUUCCACACGUAUGAUAAUUUUUGAAGAAGGCAAACACCGAUUGUGGUCCUACAACAGUAAUAAAGGAGGAAGUUGCCUUAGUUUAUCUGUGAAAAAGAAUGUCUCCAUAGGUAAAGUAAAAGCAAAUGGAGGAUCUGAAGCUGAAGCAUUGAUAAAUUUUGCAAAAGCUAAGGAUAAGCACGAGGCAGAUUUUUACAACCUGCUGUUUGCAAAAAAUGAAGAGACGUACUGUUUAGAUGAAAAGGAUGGCAAAAUUUUUGCUGUGAAAAAGAGCUCAAGCUCGUUUUAUCUAUCUCCGAAAGAAUUAAGGACGCCAAAUGAUGGUUUCUUUGUGCUACAAAAGUAUAAAGAUCAAAAAGAAGGUGGACCUGAUCUGCUCUUAUACAGUAAUGGCAAGGGUAAGUUGUCAUUACAACCUUGGAAUGUCAAAGGAACUAGUCCUGCAGAUGAUUUGGUCCUUGGAGCCGAUCCUGGUUUUAUGUUCCGCGCUGUAAAAGUUUUGGAACAAUAAAUAAAUCAUUCAUCAUUACAAUGGAACAGUAUAAAUUUUAAGACUUGAAUUUUGUAUUAAGGUAGCAAGUUUUUAUAGGGUGUGAUUUAACAUGACGUCGAAGCAGCAUUUGUUUGCUUAAUUGAAAUAUAUGAAUAUCAAAAAAUGUUUCCAAAUUCGUUACAUGACUUACGCUGUUAAUAUAUUUUUGAUUCUAGCAGUAGUUUUGUUGCUAUAAGCGUAUCAUAAUGUUAUCAUGACGCAAAUUUAAGAUGGCUAAAAUUAAUGAAAGAAAUAGAGUUAUUGAAAGAGAAGCAGAUAUUGCAGUUGGUGAUGUUUGUGUUUUUUUUUUGCGAGAAAAAGCGACAAACUUGCUAAUUGUACGGUCAUAAAAUGACUAUAUUGUGAGAUAUUGCAUUCUUUUGAGCAUAGCAAUAAAACUGUCGUGGCUAAGUUAGUUUCCGUUUAACAUUUCUUUGUUUUAAGUAUGUUUUGUAGUUCUUUUUUGUUGCAACACGUGAGAACUUGAAACGCAAUGAACGAGUGAGUACUGCUAAUGACAUAAAAGGAAAGCCUGACUUAUGCUUUGUUGGAAUUGCCGUUAGUACUAGGAGCUACUAUCGCUAGGUAAUUGGUGCCUCUCGCACCGUUUAGUCAGAAAGUGCUAUUUGCAAUCAUUUAUCAUCUGUUAUAAGCGACACAUUACCAAAUGGACAAAAGCACAGUAAUUUUUAAAACAUACUAUUGAUAUGAUGAGUAACAAACUGCAAUAUCUAGUAUAUUUUGUCACUUAAUUCAGACAAAGUAAUUGUAUCAAUUUUAUUUUCAAAUUCUCAUAUAACUAAGUCAAUUUAUAAAAGUAACAGCAAGAAAUAACACUGUAUGUAUCUAUAAUAUGCAAAUAUUAAAUUAGGAAUAAUUGGA